AUGGUUUGUUUCCUCCUCACGUUCGCACAGGGCACACCUAUUGGGGAUGGGGACCCCUCCUCUUUGGAGGUGAUUGAGGACCUUUUGCGAAAAGGCGAGCCAGUUGAAGGUUCAGCCGGUAGAAGUGGAGUUAUUAGAAACAGUGUAGGCGCUUUUAUUGAGGCUUUCGCAAAGCAUUUUGGUUUUGCUUCUAAUAAUCAUGUAAAAUUCUUGGCAUUUGAGGAAGGAGUUCAAUUGGUUAUUCAAAAUAAUUGCUCCCCAAUUCAGAUUGAAAGUGACUCGACCUUGCUUGUGAAUGUCAUUCAGAAUCGAUGCAAUGCUCCAUGGAGGCUGAAAACGAUUGUUGACAAUUGUUGCACCAGACUGUCUUCUCAUCGAUGGUCCAUUACACAUGUCUUUCGUGAGGCUAACAUGGUUGCUAAUGCCCUAGCUAAGAGGGCAGCUGCUGGCCCCGGUGCUGUUGUGUAG